UUUCCUUGAUAUUUCAGAAAAAAAAUGGCGGAUGAAAAGAAAGCUGCAACAGCUGAAAAGAAAGUCGAACCUGUGGAAAGCAAAAGCGUGUACACAAUCUGCAACUUUCUGUAUUUAUCCGUACAUAUCAGCUUAUUUGUCAUUCUAGUUGGAGUAAUUGUAAAAGCAGCCGAAUUUAGGGAGAGCUUGGACGCUAAAACAGCUGAACUGACUGCUCUAAAUAAUACUCUUAACAAAUGCCUAAGAGAUCACAGCAUUGUUCGGUCUGAAAGGAAAAAGCGGGAAGCAGAGGAAAAGGAAAUGAGAAGUUCUUUGGAGGAGACAAUUCAGACUCAGAAAUCUGCCAUUGAUACUCUUAACCUAGACUUAGCACAGGUUGCUGAGAGAAUAGAGACGACUGCUAAGAAUUACCAGGAUAAAGAUAAGAUAAUAGCAUCCAAGGACAAAGAGAUUAAGAGGCUGACCAAGGAGCUUGAGGCAGCACAGAAGAGUGAAGAGACACUGAAAGGAGAUCUUGCAGCAACAUCUGCAAGUUUAGAGUUAAAGCAGGAGGCUGUAAAAGAAUGUGAAGUUUCUAACCAAGAAAGUAUUAACAAGAUAAAAGCUCUGGAAACUAGUCUGGAUAAGAGUACGAAGACGACUGCUGAAACUAAGAAACAAUUAGAAACUACCGCGGCAUCUCUUGAUCAAGGAAAGUCCAAGAUCUCUGAGCUUGAGAAGAAGGUAAACCUACUCCAGGGGGAGAAGGAAGCACUAAGCAAGGGUUCGACAGAAACCAAAGCUCUCAGGGAGAAGGUUCAAGCUUUGGAAGGAGAGAAGGGAGGGAUUAUAAAGGAGAACGGAGAGCUAAAGCAGAAAGUGGGAAUACUAGAGACAUCUAUCAGUGCUCAGGCAAAACAAAUUCAAGAAAAAGAUGAAGAUAUCAAGAAAAAAGCUGAAACCCUAGUUACUGCUCAAAAAGCAUCUACAGACUGCAACAAUCAACUUACUGCUCUUAGGACGGAGAAGGAGGAGAAAGAAAGGAAUAUUGCAUCAUUAACACAGAAAUUUGCCGAAUUGGAAAAGAAAAGUGCAUGUGAGGCUGAAAGACUAGCAACUGCGACAGAAGCUAAAAAUGCUGCUGCCUGUAAAGAAAGAGAAGCUGCUUGUUUAAAUAAACAAGCUGGAACUGCUGAAGAAGCUGCAAAUGCGCGGAAACAAGUUGAAGCAUCAGCUGCUACUAUCAAAAGUAAAACAGAGGCCUUGGAAGCGUCUACCAAGAAAGUUGAAGAAUUAUCAAAUGCUAUAAAACAAUGUCAAACGGGAAAGUAAACGGAUCUUGUACAAUUAUACUAUGGAUAUUUUAAAGCAAAACUCAUGAACAGAAUAUUUGACUUUAGGGAGCAAAAGCAUGAAAAAAAAUCAAAGCUGUUGCCACAAACUCAUAUUUUCUAAUUUUUAUAUCUUUGCAAUCUAGUGAUGUAAA